UUCGAAUUCAGAACGCAACUUCUCGGGUCUCCAGGUUUGCGCUGGCAUCUCCUGAAGGUCAGCUGGUUUUUAUGUUAUGUCGUGCAUCAAAAAGCUUAAGCAUCAUCAGCAGGUUCUGCAGGAAAUGUUCCCUAGGUCCCACCCACGAUUCCGAAUUAUAUCAUGUACUCUGGACGAGAUAUCGUGUUCUUUUAUUUGUGAUAACUGUUAUUUAGAGAUUACAGGUAGUCUAUUGGGUACAUAUCCACAAUCAUCUCCAAUAUGGUUUUCCGAUUCUGAUGACACGUUCGUCACACAAAUUUUCCGAAGACUACAAACAGUUGAGCCAAGCAACUAUACGAUUGAUCGUCAAGUAAAGAUACUUGUAACUGAAUUAUGUCGGUACAAAAAUUUGCCAAAUCCUCCUGAAUUGAACAAUCUCUGUCCAGACUUUAGUCCUGAACCUCUUCCUGUCGACACUAUUUCUACUGCUGAACCUCGUCAAUCAUCUUCUGGCGACGGGAAUAGUGAUGCGGAAGAUACUGGUUUCGAAGAUGAAGAUGUGACAUUGAACGAUCCAUUUGAAGUUUCUAUUACGGGAGAUGAUCGUCCUGAAUACGAUGGUAUUUCAUCUCAAGAUGCUGAACAGUUGGAAAAACUCAAGGCUACUCAAAUACAAGGAAUUACUAAGGGUUCAAUUCAGUCAUCUGACCGUUUGAUGAAAGAGCUAAGAGAGAUUUAUCGAUCAGACAGUUACAAACAAGGUAUUUUCACUGUUGAACUACAAAAUGACAGUCUUUAUAAUUGGAAAGUUAAAUUAUACAAAGUCGAUGAGGACAGUGGAUUGCAUAAAGAUCUUCAGGAACUUACAAAUCAUCCCAAAUUAGAAGAUCACUUAGGAUUACAAUUUCUAUUCAAAGAAACAUAUCCUUUUGAGCCACCAUUUGUUCGUAUUCUUUAUCCAGUGAUUGAAAAUGGUUAUGUUUUAGCCGGUGGAGCAAUUUGCAUGGAAUUAUUUACAAAACAAGGUUGGUCAAGCGCUUAUGAUAUCGAAUCAUCUAUCAUGCAAAUAGCUGCAACUUUAGUGAAAGGUCGUGCACGUAUAAAUUUUAGCGCAACAGAUGAUCAAUAUUCACUUCGCCGAGCUCAACUCUCCUAUCGUGGUCUAGUUCAGAUUCACGAAGAAAGUGGUUGGUACACUCCCCCAAAAGCAGACGGUUAAAAAACUUUCUUUAUACUGUUAAUGAAUAUUAAUGUCUGUAUGCAUUUUACACAGACAUACACUAUGACAUCCAAACUACUAUAAAUAUAUAUGUAUAUAUUCUGAGGAAGAAUACACAGGUUUUUCCCAUAUACAAAAGAAAUGAUAAACGUAAGGUUAUUUCUUUUGUUUGUCUGUUUGUAUUUUGCAUUUCCGCAUACUUUUACUCCGACAUAUGGUUCUUUCACCGUGUUUGUCCAUGAACAGGUGAGGCAGUAUCUCUCUGCACUCUGUUUCCAUAACCUUUCCAUGCCUUUUUCUUUACUCUGAUGAGAAUUUCAUCGUGUACAUUGUUUUUAUCUUUUUCUUCUGUAUACACAUUCAGUCUUUUAUUUAUACAAAUAUACAUUUUAUCACACCAUACGACACUUCCAUACUCUCUCUAACUAAUCAUAUGUCUGCCGGCCACAUCUCAUUUUAUUACCGAUAUAUAUCAUUAGUAAUUUUUUUGUUAAUUAUAGUAAUGUUUUAAUGUGCUUCGCUUUAGGCUGGGAAACUGUGAGCGUUAUCUUAUUGUAUUUAUGCCUCUAUCUAACAUACAUACAUGCAACAAUCACUAUUGAUAUCCAUUCUGUUUAACAUGAAUUUUAUGACUUAAUGUAAUCUAUUGUACUAUGUAUAUGUAUAUUUCUUCCAUUUAUAAUUAAAUGAUCUCAUCUAUCGGGUAAAUGAUAUCAUUUACACUAUUAAGAAAAGCAAUGACUGUAUACGUUUCCUAAAUUACGCAAUCCUUCUGAUGUAAACCUAAAAUCUAGUAAUUUAUUCUGAUCCCUUCGCUUUCCCUCCACCAACAGUCCACAUAUCCGUUCUCUCCAUCAUUUAUAAUAGAUUAUAAACUGAUGUUGUUCUUUAUACAGUGCUAUACAUUUUUUUCUAUUUACAACAACAACAUCAAAUCUUUACUUCCAUGUUAUAGUCCUCUCUAAUUGUUGUAAUGCAUACAUAUACAUAAAUAACAAUAAUACCAUUGUCUUCCCUUUUGUUACAGUGUAUUUGUUUUACUUUCAAAUCAUUGUCCUUAGUAGUGUGGUAAUAUUUUCUUUGUAUUUGUUUAGUUUUUAUUUAACAUGUUAUGAUUAUGUUUAUGGGUGUUGUUUACUUCAAAGGUGAAAGUGUGUCAUAGACAAGAGUAACAUGUGAGUAGUUACAACUGAAGUACACUCUCAUCUAUAAUACAUUGUUUUAUUUGUUUUUUUUGUAAUUUUACUCGUUUCGUUUUUAAUCGCUUAUACUAUUUGAUGUGAUAUUAGUAGUAUUAGUAGUGAUUAUUCUUCUAAUAUGUGUAUAAUUGUUGUGUUCCUGUAAAAAUUGACUUACUGAAUAAUUAAAAUCUCACAUUUUAA